CAGCGCUGCAGUGUUGGAUGCGAUCAAUCUACUUGCGAGCUGAUACCUGAACUACCAAGAAUCGAAUCUCGAAUCUGCUAGCGAUGGCGCCUCGUACCCGUCGAGCUAGAGGAGCGCGACAGGAAAGUCCUGAAGAAGUCGCGUCGCCAGAAGCUCCUCCGACCGCAUUGGAGACCGCAGAGUUACCAGACCGGACUCAGGACGGAAUCGAAACGGUUGAAAAUGAGAAGGACGAGGGUAAUCAAAAGGAGGCUGGGCCAGAGAGCUCAGAAUCACCCACGCGAUCAGAUAAUGAUCAAGUAGCUGGUCAACAUCGAUCUCCCUCACCAAAACCAGGACAUUCUCCGAUAUACACUACACAUCCUCAAUCAUCAUCCCCUCCAGAACGCUCACCUCUCCGCUCUUCUCCUUCUCCGUCGCAACAGCUCCGUGCGCAAUCUUCCUCUAGAACUCCGCGAAAAUCACGAUCCCGCUCACCCGUACAUCUUGAACCUCAUGCCGAACCGCAAUUCCAAUCUCCCGAACGUCCAAAACGACUACACUAUCGGCAUGUCGCCGAUCUUCCUCCCUCUUCUCACCCAUUCUCUACCGUCAAAAUAUCACCCUCCGGUCGCCUACUCGCUGCGGGCAGCUCGAAUGGAUCGAUCUUCAUACACAAUGCGUCGACGCUCGCGCUGGAACAUGUCCUGGAAGGGCAUUUGGCCGGGGUAUCUGUGAUCGCCUGGUCUUCGGACGGCAAUAUCUUGGCUUCCGGAAGUGAUGAUAAAAGCAUAAGACUCUGGAAUACGGUCACUGGCAAACCUUUCCGAGUACCUUUGGUGGGACACGAUAAUUACGUGGUGUCGGUCGCGUGGACUCCGAAGGGCAAUAUCCUCGUCAGCGGGAGCUUCGAUGAGGCCGUUUUCUUAUGGGAUGUGAGAGGAAGAAGGAUCAUGAAGAGCUUACCAGCGCAUUCCGAUCCGGUGUAUGGUGUGGAUGUCGCGCGGGACGGGACAUUGAUCUGCAGCUGCAGUAGUGACGGCCUGAUACGCAUCUGGGACACGGCAACAGGCCAAUGUCUGCGUACCCUGGUCCAUGAAGACAAUGCUUCAGUGACCUCCGCCCGCUUCUCGCCGAAUGGAAAAUUUGUCCUUGCUUGGACUUUGGAUUCCAGCAUUCGGCUCUGGGACUAUGGGGAGCGCCGUCGUUGUCUGAAAACAUACCAAGGACACAAAAACGAGAAAUUCAGCUUAACGGGAUCUUUCGGGGUGUAUGGUUCUCGACCCCCUGACGCUGCGAAAAGUCCAGCGGAGAUGAAUGGCUAUUCCGACAACGAGAAGGGUCAAAAAAUCGAUGGCGAGGGAGUGUCUCGUUCGAGAUAUAUUCAUCCGUUUGCAUUCAUUGUCUCUGGGAGCGAAGAUGGCUCGAUCUUCUUUUGGGACGUUGGAAGUAAAGAGGUAUUACAGUGUUUGGAUGGCCAUAGCGGACCGGUGCUGGGAGUCGACGCACAUCCGACGGAACCAAUGGUCGUGUCUUGCGGAAUGGAUGGUAGGGUGAAAAUCUGGAGGGAUGAUGGAGCUUCGGAGAGCAGCAAUGCAGGUUCAGGCGCUGAAAACGAUGUCCAUAUGGAAGAUGCUACUGACGGUGUGGAUCAAGAAAUCAAAUUGGAGUCAUGAACUUGCGUGACACUAGACGAAGGAUCCAAUGUUUCUCCUACAAGCUAUGUCCCUACGUGUCAUACA